GCACAUGUUCCCAGCCUGAUCAGGUAGUAUCAAGCAAGUGUUUGACUGUACCCUGUGUUGGUCAGUAGGUGUAGUUUGCUAGCAGCCAGGCUAGCUUUAGACACUGCCAACACGUCAGCAACUAUGGCUUUAGGGUCCAGCCUCGUGUUCGUCCUGCUGUUGUCAGUGUGGUUAACUGCAAAAUGUGACCAGAUUCCCAGUGAAGUUUGUAUGGAGUGUCGUGAUCGCUACUUCCUGAUAGCUGUUGAUCUCUCAUUCGCUGGGAAUGAAGCUCGCUUUGAGGCUAUUGAUGGAACAGGCGUUUACCCCAUCACAAAGCAGUAUGCUGCUGUGUGUGGAUACUCUGUCAGUGUUCUCCAUCUUAAGGGCAAUGUGGAGCUCCGAGCCUCUUACUUCAGCUGUCACACUGACAACAAAGAUGAUGAAUUUUUCACGUUCAGCUUCAACCUGGUCGUUAACCAUGAAGGAGAGGAUGUCACCUAUGCUUUGAAAAAGACCUGUUCUCCCACUCUGCCUUGGUCACCCAGAGAGGUCACCUGUGAGGCCAACUACAUGGAGGUUUCUGUGAGGAGUGAUGUGGCGUGUCCGACUGGGACAAAGACAGACGACUGGAAUGCUGCUGUCCAAACUGCAUAUGCUUCAGCCAACUCAGACUGGCAGGUGAUGUUUCAGAAAGUAGAAGAGCCGCUGAAACCUAUGGAACUGUCUGAAGCUCGCACACAGGGCUAUGUGUUUGACCUGACAGAGGGACGGCUUGUGUUUCGUACACCGUAUGGACAACCAGAAUCAUUUAACACUGAGGUGAACGGUGUUCCAGUAGAGGUCGUCCAUGCAACUCUGUUCUCCAGACAAAGCUGGGUUGUCCUCAUGGUCGACCUUGUGGCUGCUUGCUCCAUGUCUGAAGGAUCAUAUGAUGAUGCUGGAUACAUGGUCUGGGAGACUCCUGAGGUGUUGAACCCAUAUGUGUCUGGUCUGACCAACACACGGGUCAGCGUCGGUAUCAGUGGCGAACUUUUGGAGCAGUCGGUUGCAGAAGAGAGCGGCUUCAUUGUGGAGAAGCACAACGGCUCAGUAGAGAUCAGCAUCCCCUAUAAUGCUGAAGGAGGAUACAGGAAGAGCUUUGUGUCUGGGGACCUCAACGAGUACUACAUCUUUCAUCUCUAUCUGGAGCAAAUCGCAGUGGAUGAGGAUCAUGUUGACACCAGACUUCGCUUUCACAGGACACUUGCAACUCCUCUUCUGCCACGUCCUGUUUUUACAGAGAACCGAACAGUCCUUGAGGAACGAGUUUUCACAAUCUACCUGGGAGAUGUUCCUGAAGAUGUCGAGGUCUCUGCUGUUCAGCUAAAUGAACACAAACAUAUUUAUAAAUUUGGACAUGAGAGCGGCCACAGCAUCACAAAGGUUGUUCAUCCCAACAACACCCAUGGCUACACUCUGAAGGUGCCUUUUGAUGACCCUGCUGUCAUUAAGAAGUUCUCUAAAGAAGAUGAAGCUAUGAAGCACAUACUGGAAGUCAACUACACACUGACCGUUCUGCCUGAGAAUGAGACGUUUUUCCACCUGACCUCAGUCUUGGCACUAUCGGACAUCACUCCUCCAGAGUUUGACGCCGUCUGUUCUGAGUCUGGCAUCAGCUUCAAACUGGACCACCGGCCUUUUGACUACCUGUGGCACAUCAGUAUCGGUUCUGACCUGCUGUCGCCAGAACUGGCAACCCAGCACGGCUACAUCAUGACCAACGAUAGCCAGAGCCUGCUGCUCGAGGUGCCGCUCUUCACUCAUGGAUACGUAUACGAGGACGUUGCUCUGAAGGGAUUCCUUGGCACUUUUGAAAUCCUCAUUCAAUAUCAAGGAACAUCAGAGGUCCAGAGUUCAACUGUCAAGACGUGUCCAUUCUCUACUGCCGAGUUCGUUUUGUGUUCCACUGAUGGCAAGAUGACUGUGGUGGCUGACUUGUCCCUGGCCAUCUCAAGUGGAGGAAUCCCUGCUAGAUCAAACCUCCUGAACACACACUGUGGACCCAAAGAAGCAGACGACACCAGGGCUCUGUUCUCUUUCCCCCUCAACAGCUGUGGCUCCAUAAUAAAGCUCGGUAAGGAAUAUGUGACGUACGAAAACGAGAUUUCCUUCAGCAGGAAGGUCAAUCUUCAGAAAAAUCCAUCAGAUUCCAGCAAUGAGAUUGACAGGGUAACUGUGCAGUGUACGUAUCCUCUGGCUGGGCUCUAUCGUCUCUUCUCCUUUUACAAGUUUGUGUCUGACGCAGCGGGUGUCGGCAACAUUGUUCAUUCUUCACUCUUAACUGAAGUUCUACAAAAACCCACAUUGGAGUUCGACACGGUGCUUCAAACUCCAGUGCCUGCAACCAGACGUAACAGACCGGUUUUGGUGAAGCUUGGUCACCGACUCAAAGUGCCAACACAUUUACAGUAUCUCCAGUCACUCUUUAAAGUAGAGUAAGGUGUGUUCCAAGACCUGAAGGAUCUUCACAAGUCAAAGUCAAUCUGGGUCUAUUUUAGAUUGACUUGACUUUGAAAUGCAAUUGAUAAUAAAAUGGUUAAAAAAAAAAACUCCA